AUGGAUUAUCUCGAAGCCUUACGUCCGUCUUUUUGGAGUAAAGGUGAUAGUUCUUUUUUAUGGAUUUACGUGUUAAUAUUGAUACUGCUAUUUUCAGCAUAUGUCAAGCUUAGAGAUUCAAUAUACCAUAAAAAGACUUUCUCUGAAGAAAGUUUGAACCGAACUAGACUUGAAGUGAGGUCAAAUUGGGAAAGACGACAAGAAGAGCUAAGGAGGGCAAGGGUUUAUGAAGAAGAGAAACAGUUAAUUAGUGGUUAAAACGGGCAUUAUUUCAGAACCUAGCAAAUCAAGUUUAGCUUCACUUUUCGUGUUACGCUAGGCACUAAAGCCACCAACCCCCUUUUAUCAGGGUCACUAAAAUGAUGAUAUUGUCAAUAUAACAGGGAAAUUUAGCCGAACCUGCUUUUAUCAAAAUUAAUCCUUGGCAGUGCUCAGAGUAAGGGAAUCGUACAAUGCCUCUUUCUGGAAUUACCUCUGCCAUUUAUAGGCAGCAGAAUGCUCUUCCAGAAGUACUAUUGAUGCUGCGCUGUCAGUCUCUUGAAUGUGGGUUGAGGGAAAGCCCAGCCUGAGAGUCCCUCUAGCAGCUCCUCCAAAUAACAGCACAAAGCACUUACCCUUGAAGUUUCCGGACCUUCUCUCGCAGCACACCAUGAUGGAGAAAUGUUUUUUAUGAAGAAGAUAAAGAGGAGGAAAAAUUAGAGCCAAAGCCAGAUAUUGAAGAGGAAAAAAAGCCUGAACCAAGAAAUAGUGGACUUCAACCACCUCCAAGGCCAGUGAAAAAAGCCGAGCUUAACCGAUAUGACCCAAGUGGGCCUCGAAUAGGAAGGCCAAGCUCAUACACAGCGCCUUGCGCUACUGGGACUUGACGUUAG